UCUCGAAAUUCGAUUUCGCCGCGGAUUCGCGUCGAACGUCGUCGCAACUUUCUCGACGUCGAUCGUCUCUCCCGGGUGUCCGCGAUUACAUUUUAUCUGCCGGUAUCUAUCGGCGAUGCGAGCCGCGUCGUAAUCGCGCGUUUCCUUCUCGUCGUCUAUUACCUUUUUAAAAAUAGCCUUGGCACAGCCGUAGAUAAAAUUCGAGAUAUGACGCAACCGGAUCGGUUUCAACGGCCGUAAAUAUCCAGGCGGAACAAAUUAUUCCGGCGUACCUUUCGGGAUUUUGUAACGUCGGAAGCCACGCUCGAAAACGCCGGCCGGAUGCGGCGAGCAGCGAGAGGCCUUCGGAAAGUUUUGAAAAGAUGGAACGAACGAAGCCGCCGGCAGGCCGAGGUCCUUUUGCAAUGGGAACAUACAACUUGCGCGACGCGGCCGAGGAUUUUAAGCCGCGCGACGAGAAAGCGGACGAGAUAUACAUAUACAUAUAUACAUAUAGAGAGAGAGAGAGAAAAAAAAAGAAACAAGAUAUAUGUGUGUGUGUGUAUGUGUGCUCGCGACACGCGGCUUGAACUUCCGGGUAAAUGUAGUGCCAUUCGCGGAUUAAUUAAACGACGCGCCAACGGGAACGCGGCCGUAAUCUGUUUAUUAUUCAAAUUAAUCGGGACUUCUCGCGCGUGUUAUUUAAACGAGCAGCGAUCUCGCGAUCGCGGAAUUACCGCGUCCGUCGUCGCGCUGCAACCGUGGCUCGUCUCCUCGUUUCGAGACGCGAAACCUCGCGGAUUCCCCGUUCCGUGAUUAAUCGUCGUGUUCCCUACGGCGACAAUAAUAUUCGGUGCAAAACUGCUGCAAAGAAAAAAGAAAAACAGCGACUUUAAUUGAAAACAGUCGGCUGUUGUGUGUCCGUGGAAGAAUAGAAGCGGCGUUGACUCACCCGCGCCACUUUAUUUUCACCGACACACUCCUGUGCACCGUUUUGUCACACUUUGUAGUUCACAGGGACGCAACGAAAAACCGUCGCGGCGAGCCAUCUCCUUGUAAACGGCGUUUCCUUUGCCGUCCUACCGUCGGCUUUCCAACGGAUAACCGCGGGCAUCGAACGGCGAAUCGAUCGGAAGAGUCGAUGGAACAUGGAAAUAAACGUGGAACGACGAUCGCGGAACGAUCCCGAGCCGGCCAGCAGGGCAGACGGUCGGGUGCCAGCAGUCCUGAAGGGUAAAUGCGCGACAAUUCGCCAUGCGUGACCGUUCCAUAAAAAGGUGAAACUCUGCGAAGGUAAGAGUCACUUUCGCGGCGUCUUCUCACCGAAAUCCGCGGGGCCAGAGCUCGCGAAGAAGUUUCGAGAAGAGCGUUUUUCAUCCAACCGUUUAUAUCGUCAUGGCGCGACCACUGAUCCGCGUUUAUUUGUUGGCUACGAUCGUUUGCUGCGCGCACUGCGAGAAAACGAGGUACAAUCUGACCGAACAGCCGGCGAAGAGGGACCCCGGCGGCGACAAUUUGUUCAUCAAUAUCGUACGCGGCUGGAACACUUCGAAUCCGCAACAAUCGGCGAACGACACCGAGGCGCACGACAGAAGCCUGGAGAAGCAGUCGAGGGCGACCGUUCAUCGGGUCGAAAGCGACCCGAGAGGUUCCAGCUGUUGCGGGCCCAGGCACGCUGCUUCCGGCUCGUCGACGCGACCAGAUAAUUAUCACAAGAUCCCCGCGGACGCUGACCGACACUCGACGCGAUACGGCGAACGUUUACCGGUCGACAGAUACGGAUGGCAGGGGCAGCCUCCGGAUUCGAACGGGAUCACGCGGAGACCCGCGGGCGGAAACAACCCCGGCGGCAGCUACGAAGGCAGUCACUCAGGAGAUAGGUUCGCUUUCCGUCCGAGCUAUGCGAGUGAAAGUACCCGCAGACCCGGUGGCUACGAGACCGGAUUUUCUGGAGGGUACAGUUAUGGCAACGGUGGUUACGGAGGAGGAUACAGCGGUGGCAGACCGUCCAGUUCCACCGGGUCGACGAGCAGUGCUUACGGAAUUUCGGGAUCCCUCGCCAAUGGCGAUGAAUUCGGACCAGCGGAGCCGAAUUUCCCGGAAGGGAGUGCUCCCUCCGUACCAAAUAUUCAGACCCAGAAGGCCGUGGCUUUGAAAGCGUUAGCUGGAGUUGCCCUGAUCGGUGCAGCCGCUGCAUUAGCCACGAAUCCAGUUCUUCUUCCGAUCGGCAUCGUAUCGGCAGGAAGGAAAAAACGGUCCAAUUUGUCUACGGAAGAAGAGGAUGCGCGUUUCGAGUACAUUUCAAGGAUUCCAGACAGCUUUGAGGUACUUAUGUCGCUCUAUGACUUAGACCAGGUCAACGCAUCUGUCGACAAUUAGAUUCCAACUAGAUUCGUUUAAUUUAAUCAAUCAUAUUCGGAAGAUUUCUGUUGCCUUUAUUACCGUUUCUCUUUGCAGGAUUUCAAAGAAUAUUUAAGGAUGAGGAGUUACAAGCGUCCCCUUUGAAGAACCGAUCGCAGAAUAACUGCUAUGACGAUCGGGGAAAGGAUGAAUUUCUGAAACUGAAAUUAUCUGGAAACUGAUCGACGAUAUAUACAUAUGAUAGAUUUUAAUCGAAUUGUUAUAAGAUUGUUCGGCAACGACCGGAAUCAGAAUGACAAUAAACAAUUUUGCGAGAAA